AUGGAGAAGCGCAUGAAGGGCAAGGAGGGCCUGCUGCGCCUCGGAGACGCAGGGCAAUACCGAAACCGGAACGGCCGCGCAGUCCUAAUGUUGAUUUGGAAGCCAAAGGUGCCAGACGUCGAGGACCAUCGCGACUGCCCGGCUCCGAGCGAUAUGCUUCGUGCUGGUCUCAGCCGCCAGUUUGCCGAUGAGAACCAAACCCAUGUGGCUGCUCUUCACAGCAAGCUGACCGCCGGAUACAUUUCCAUUCCGGAGAGUCUGGUCAAGGAGUACUUCAGUUCCGUCGCACAUCUUUGGAUGGAUGACGACUACCUGACACUCUCCGAUGGCACGGUGGGGCAUUACGACCGGAGAUUCAGUGGGAUGAUAGUCGAGGAUUUGGCGUCCCUUGCAGUGUGCGAAUACUCGCAGGAAGAUCUUAGGACCGACCAGCGGUUCCGAAAGUGCUGGGCACUAGAAGACUGGGGCCCGGCUCCAGCCGCAGACCCUCAACAGCCCGCCGGCAUUGCUAAGGUCCUCCAAAGCUGGAUGCAAUUGUCGCAAUUCUCUUAG